CAUGAAUUUUGCAAAUUUGAAAAUACGCCACACUCGCACACGCGCGUAAUUAAAUUACUUAUUACGGCCUGCAAUAGGUCUGCUACUUUGUAUACUUCUACGCAUCAUAUUGAAAGGUUUAUUGUGGAUUUAACUCCUUUUUUUGGGAGGAGUCGCAACAAUCAUGUUAAGUUAUCCAAGGGUGGCUUGUAUAUCCAUGGUGGUAAUCAUUUUGUGCACUGAUGCUGGUGUGUUUUCGAGAUCAGUAACAAACACAGUGGCUGAUGAUAUCCAUGCCAUAAUCGAAGAGGAACUAGUGGCCUGCAAUUUGGAUAAGAAAUUUGCGUUUGGUGUGGCCGUCAUCGGCAAAAACGUCUUCGGAAAUGGCAAGACAAGGGACGUAACAUUCACUGGCGGAUAUGGCUACAGAGAACUGGAAAAGCGCUCAUUGGCUGAUGAGGACAGUAUUUUUUGCAUAGGAUCCAUUUCAAAACAUAUGACCGCGACGCUUAUAGUGCAUCUCUUGGAUUUGUUGCAAGAAAAAGGUCACCGGUAUACACUACAAACCUUAGUUACGGAGCUUGACCAUAGUCUGGAUUUUCCCGGCUCAUCUUUUCAUGGUAUCACACUGGAAGAUAUUUUAAUUCACCGAACCGGAAUUCUAGAUUUCUCUGGUCCAGCUAUUUUUGGAUACUCCAGAAACACGACAAAAAAACAUAUCGCUUGGGUCGCAGCCAAUGCGCCUCGCGCGUCUCCCAAUAGGACAUCCUGGAUUUAUAACAAUCAUGUUUUCGGAACAGCAGGUUCGAAUCGGUCCAUCCCAGCCGGCCGAAAUGCAUUACGAUAUUUGGCGGAAAUUCUGGCAGAAAAACUGCUGGGCAGAUUUGUUUCAUGGGAGGAACUUAUGGAUUUAUAUUUCUUCGAACCUAUGGGAAUUCACGAGGAUGUCGACAUUGCGGGAUUGAAUUUCACAGCGUUUGCGAGGUUAGCUUAUCCGUAUCUAACGCAGCAAGGCCGGUAUCGCGCGGUGGAUCCGGAUGUAGUCGAGCUGAUUGGUCCGCUCGGGCCUGCUGGAGCUGUAUGCAUGUCGCCAAAAGCGAUGGCAGUUUGGAUGCAGUUUAUCUUAAAUGGAGGGUACCACAACUUUGUGCAAUUGGUGUCACAAAAGUCCUUGGAAGACACGUGGAAAUCACGCAUGUACGAAUCACCUAACCCACCCACGAAGCCCUUACUAAAUUUGGGGAAUCGAACAUUCACGUUUGCCGAAUAUCAACAGGAGCUCUCAGAUAAUUCUGGUUAUGGUUUGGGAUGGUCAGAAAGCCGACACCGAGGAUACCGUUAUGUUCAGCACACGGGUGGAUACCUUAGUUAUGGCUCUAUAUGCAGCAUAUUUCCGGAACUGAAUAUCGGAAUACUGACAUCAUCCUCUGGUCCGUAUCUUCCCGUUGUGCAAGACAUGAUGUUUAGACUACAUUACCGGCUAUUUGACUACCUGAUGCAGUUGGCUCCUCUUGUUCCCAGCGAUAAUCUGUGCCAUCAGCAUAAUUUCACGACACUCCUUCAAAAGGACCUACCAGCGCAAAACGAGAGUGCUGGCAUAUUAAUUGACCCAAAAUUUUACGUGGGCGAAUAUUAUCAUCCUGUCCACGGUAUUGUCAGGAUCGAAUACGGUGAUCCUCUGACGCUGUUCCUUGGUCGGGAUAGUAACGCGACCAUUCAGUGCUUAUUGUCGGCAAGGGAGUGUUCCCUACGUUUUAACGGGAAGAUGUGGUGGCUGUCGGAUUCGGAUGCAUAUAACGAAACUAGGGAUAUCCGAUUUGGUUUUAUGGACACUGGGUUCGUCAGUACUGUAACACUUCCGAUAUAUAUGGAGGCACUUCCGCCGGUUUUUGAGAAGGUUAGUGCCGGUGCACGGUCUGCAAGCAAGUCAGUAUUGCACGAUAUUGAUGUCAUAAUCAAAGAAGAAAUGUCGGCAUGCCAUCUAGACCGGAAAUUCGGUUAUGGCGUUGCUGUUAUUGCAAAAAAUUAUAUUGGAAAAGGAAUUAGAAGAGAUGUGACAUUUACUUCUGGAUAUGGAUACCGGGAUUUGGACAAGAAAACCUAUGCCGACGCGAACACCAUGUUUUGUAUUGGAUCGAUUUCAAAACAUAUUACCGCAACGUUGUUGGUCCAUUUAUUGGAUUUACUGCAAGAACGAGGGCACCGGUACAACCUGCAGACACUGGUCACCGAACUUGACAAAGAUUUGAACUUUCCGGGAUCACAGUUUAUUGGCAUUACCCUGGAGGAUGUCCUUAGCCAUCGAACGGGAAUCGCGGAUUAUCUGGCUCCUAUCCUUCUGGGAACACCCAGGAAUACGACAAGAAAACAUGCUGCCUGGGCUGCCGCCAAUGCUCCGCGCGUCUUCCCCAACAGACAGCGUUAUAUGUACAACAACCACGUCUUCGGUGCAGCAGGCUACUUUGCGGAAGUCCUUGCCAGAAAGCUAUUGGGCCGUUCUGUUACAUGGGAAGAGUUGUUGGACAUGUAUUUCUUUGAGCCAUUGGGAAUACACCGUGAUGUCGAUUUCGCCGGCUAUAAUUUUACAUCCUUUUCAAGACUGUCCUUUCCACAUUUGUCCGAGAAUCUUCGCUACCGUGCAAUGGACGCAAGAACGGUGGACCUAAUCGAACCAACUGGCCCUUCAGGUUCUGUGUGCAUGACGCCCAAUGCUAUGGCGGUAUGGAUGCAGUUCAUGCUUGAGCGGGGUCAGCAUAGAUUUCGACAGUUGAUUUCAAGUAAAACUUUGGAGGACACGUGGAAAACACGAAUAAUGGGCCUACCCGAGCCACCUCAUCCUCCCGCAACGAACCUGGGAAACCGAACGUUUACACUGGCCGAAUACCAACAAGAGAUGCUCGAGAACCUGGGCUAUGGAUUAGGAUGGAUGGAGACAAGACAUCGAGGGCAUCGAUUAGUGCAGCAUUCAGGCGGAUACCUCAGCUACAUGUCGCUAUAUUCUAUCUUUCCGGAUCAGGAUAUCAGCAUUUUCACCACUUCCGCUGGACCCUACAUUGGCAUUACUUCGGAAAUGAACACCAGGUUGCAUUAUCGACUGUUUGACUAUUUCAUGCAACUCGCUCCUCUGAAUCCAGCGGACAGUGUUUGUGCUCAGGUCUUCAAUAGCAGCAUUCCCAAAGCGCCAUCUGUAUCAAAUCCUGCUACUGUGGUAACUGUCGAUAACAAAUAUUAUAUUGGUGAGUACUACCAUCCGGUGCACGGCAUCCUGAAGAUCGAAGACGGUAGUCCAAUGAAGGCCUUCAUGGGUCGCGAGGGCAACGCCACGAUUGAAUGCACAACAUCGGUGUCCCAGUGUUUGCUGCGGUUUCACGGGAUUACGUGGUGGGUGUCGGGAUCGGAUGGUUAUGGAACACCAGACUUAUUAGGGAUCGGCUUCAAUUUCGCCCCGGAUGGUUUUGUCAACCAAGUUACGGUCCCUAUGUACUGCUUGGCAGAUCCGCCACUUUUCGAGAGAGUAUCGAAAAACAGAACCUAAUUUUAUUGACAAGACAAUAUAGUGCUAAAUAAGGUGGUGUGUUAUAAGAUUCGUAUCUUCACUGGUUGUGAUAAGGAACUUCUUUGACAAUUCUCGAAGUGCGAACUAUGCACUGAUGUCGAAUUAUUUAAAAAUGGGUGGUCAUAAAAUAAAAUUGCACAACAUUAUUACUGCAAACAUGACAUUGUUUUAUCAAAACAAGUGAGCAGUCAAGGAACACCAGUUAGAUUAAUAAAACAGGUACUUAUGAGUACUGUAGCUGGUGGCUACCCUACGUGCAGCAUUAGCAUCUAUAUAACAUACAACUCACAAGUACUGUGUACAGAGUUCGUAUUGUCUAUAAUUAAUCCUCUUUGUCCA